AAACGAUCUAAGAUGUCCAGAUCGUCCCCGGAUAUCAAUUGGAACAAAGGCGCACACCAAGGUACCGUGUCAAUUGGCACUCACAAGCUUGCCCUCGAUGUUAGUGGGCCAGAUCGCAUCGUGGGUCAGCCCGUUAUCCUCAUCAUGCAUGGUCUCACAGGCACAAUGACCCAAUGGCCCGCCGCAAGAAGACUCAUCUCAUCAUUUGCUCGAGUUGUCGACUACGAUCGAAGUGGUCUCGGCCUGAGCGAAGAAGGACCAGACCAUCCGACAGGUCUGUCUGCGGCACGUGAGUUGUCAGCGCUCCUCAAAGCAGCCAACAUUGAGCCCCCGUUCAUCACACUUGCCCACUCGUGGGGCACUAUUCUCAGUCUCGAGUUCAUGAACAUGCGCCCUCAAGAAAUUUCUGGCAUGGUAUUCUCAGAUGGAACAGCGCCCGGAUUUUGGAGUGUGCUUCCAAUGUUUCCCACCUUGCCGGAGGCGAAAGCAGUGAUUGAGGGACUUGAUUACUGGGACGCUGUAGGCAUCACAACUGAGACAAAGCUCACCCCCGAUGAGUGGGAAGCCUUUCUGAAGGAGGGAAGGGAAAAUGAGAUGCACAAACGGCAGGCUGCGAAGGAAUUUGAAUUCAUGGACAAGACAUUUGUUGAAGUAGAGAAGAAGGAUUUGUUCAAGCAGACUCCGCCAAAGCUGGGAAAUCGGCCAGUUUGUGUCAUUAAAGGCAACCACGCAACGAGAGACAUACAACGGCUUUAUGAGAAGGGAGUUGAACGCGGCAACGGGACUGAAGAGGAGAGGAAGAAAGUGAGGGACAUGAUCGGACUUUGGGUUGACAAAGAGAAGGGAUUUCACGAGCUGUUUCUCAAGCUCUCCACAAAAAAUCACUGGAUUGAUGCUACGGAAAGCGGUCAUUGGCCGCACCAAACCGAGCCGGAAUUGGUUGCUGAAGGUGUUCGUUGGGUAUUGAAGAACCUCGACUUAAAAUCACACUUCUGAGCUGUCAAACUUGCAUGACAACAAGGACUUAAUGAAAAUAAUUGAAAAUCUUG